CUGACUUACGCGCAUCCACAUAGAACACAGAUCUGACCAAAGCAGCCUUGUCCUGUGAUCUCACGCCAAAAUGUGAUGAAUCUGACGCGCGUUGCUUCCUCCUCUACCCUACCGACAGGUUAACUCGGAAUUAAAGGGGACUUCCACCAGAACGGCGUGUUUCUGAGGACGUUUGACACCUUGACCUUUGACUGCAAGCGAAUGACAAACCAAAGGUCAGUGUGUACGUGUGGAGCAGGGUUUCCAAGCGCAUCUACAUCGCAGCACGAGACGGCGCUCCUGGGAGAAUGAGAAAAAGCGCUCUGGGAGCUGGUCGAUAGCGGCGGAGAAAGCUUCAGCUUCGGCCGGGGGAGCAGCGGCAGCGGCGGCGGAGGAGGGGGCGCGCUCGGAGGCUCCAUAGCGGCCACAGUCGGACCGAAGGCGGGCCCGCUGAGAGAGCAGGACUGCAGCACCAUGGACAGCUCAGAUAUGGAUGCCAACUACGGAGGAGGGCUGUUUGACAUGGUGAAGGGUGGAGCCGGGAAGUUUUUCAGCAACUUCAAGGACAACUUAAAAGACACACUGAAGGACACCUCCACCAAGGUCAUGCACCAGGUCGCCACAUACACUAAAGGGGAGCUGGACAUUGCCUACAUCACAUCAAGGAUCAUAGUGAUGACCUACCCGGCGGAGUCGGUCCAGUAUGGCUACCAGAACCACGUUGAGGACAUCCGCUCCUUCCUCGACAGUCGCCACGCCGACCACUACACGGUCUUCAACCUAUCACAGCGCAACUACCGAGGGGCCAAAUUCUCCAACAGGGUCUCAGAGUGUAACUGGCCUUCACGCCAAGCUCCCAGCCUCCACAACCUGUUUGCAGUUUGUAAGAACAUGUACAACUGGCUGAAGCAGAAUCCCAAGAACGUGUGUGUCAUCACCUGCUCGGACGGUCGCACUCCCUCCGGCAUUCUGGUCUGUGCCAUGUUCUGCUUCUGCCACCUUUUCAACCAUCCGGUUCCUGCCAUGCAGCUGCUGAGCGCCAAGCGACCAGGUUCGGGUCUCUGGCCUUCACACCGCAGGUAUUUAAGUUAUGUAUGUAGCAUGGUGUCAGAGAAGCCCACCCUCCCCCACUCCAAACCUCUGGUGAUCAAGGCGCUCACGAUGAGUCCAGUUCCUUGUUUCAACAAGCAGAGGAGCGGCUGUCGGCCGUUCUGUGACGUCCUCAUUGGAGAGACUAAAAUCUUCUCCACUGCGCAAGAGUACGAGAGGAUGAGAGAGCACCGAAUCCAGGAGGGGAAAGUAGUGUUCCCCCUCGGCGUGAGUGUUCACGGGGACUUUGUGGUUUCUGUUUACCACAUGAGGUCGACGAUUGGAGGGCGUCUGCAGGCUAAAGUGUCCAACACCCAGAUCUUCCAGAUCCAGUUCCACACUGGCUUCAUCACUCCUGGAACAACUAUGCUAAAGUUCAACAAACCAGAGCUGGAUGCUUGUGACGCCCCAGAGAAAUAUCCACAGCUGUUCCACGUGAUACUGGAUAUUGAGGUGGAGGGGGUGGACAAGCAGAAAGACCUGACGCCACCAUGGGAGCAGUUCCCUUGUAAAGACCUGAGUCCCAAUGUUCUGUUUUCCUGCCACCAGGAGCACCAGGAUGCUCUGGCUAUCGCAGAGCCAAGCCGGCAACACGGAGAUGGUCGAGGCCACGUAGAGGAGAGCGAACCCUCAGAUGAUGAAAUGCUCUCACUGUCCAGUCAGCGAAGCAGCAUUAGUACAGCCUCACAGAAACCAGAACCUCCAACGCCGGUGGCACCUGAACGCGCUGAGGAAGUGGAUCUUCUUGGUCUAGAUGGAGAGGGCGUCAGCCGUCCGUUCCCCUCAUCCCAGCAUCCAACCGCAACCACUGACCUCCUAGGGGACUUGUUCGGUGCCCCUCCCCAGCCAGCCAGUGGACCCUCGUCCACCCAGUCCACCCCACACAAAGUAGCACCCAAAACUGCCUCUCCAUCCCCCUCCCCCGCUCCUCCAGCAUUCGAUCCCUUUGGAGCGGCCCCCGUGCCUAAGCCUCAGGAGAUGAUGGGUUCGUUCCUUGGACCAGGUAAUACGGGGCAGUCAGACCCAUUUCUGCAUGCUGCUCGUUCUCCAUCACCCACUAGCAUGGAUCGGAGUUCCCCGGUGCCGCCCUCACCGCCAACUGUCAACAUUCAGCAGCAGAACGCCAUGGGAGGAUGGGACUGGAACAAACCUGCAACCACAAGUUCAGGAGGAGGCUUUGGUAUGGGAAGUCGCUCAGCCACUACCAGUCCUACUGGUUCUGUCCACAGCACCCCCACCCACCAAACUAAGCCAAACACCCUGGAUCCAUUUGCAGACAUCGGCAACCUGUCUGGCAGCCUUGGAGGAGGACCUGGAUUCUCAAGCAAGCCCACCACUCCAACAGGAUCAACCCCUUCCUUCCCUCCUAUGGGCUCCCCGUCGAGGCCGCCGCCGUCUCCCCAGCACACAGGAGGGUGGCAGCCCCACUCUGGAGCCAGCUUCCCCUCAUGGCAGCCGGGAACAGGAGGCGGUGGAGGGAGGCAAGCUCAGGGACAGGGUCCUGGAGCCCAACCAAAGCCCAGCCCCAGCCACACCUCCAUGCCGCACACAUCGCCUCAAAACCGUCCCAACUACAACGUCAACUUCUCAGCAAUGGGAGGAGGCUCUCCCAGUGCGGGGGGGAAAUCACAGGCUGGAAUGGGUUCAAAGCCCAGAGCCUCGGAUGUUAACUUCGAUGACCUGCUGUCAGGUCAGGGCUUUUCAGGGACCAAAGAGAAGAAAGGGCCCAGGACUAUAGCAGAGAUGAGGAAAGAGGAGAUGGCCAAAGAGAUGGACCCUGAGAAAAUAAAGAUUUUGGACUGGAUUGAAGGGAAAGAGCGUAACAUUCGUGCCCUGCUGUCCACCAUGCACACUGUGCUUUGGGAGGGAGAGACUCGAUGGAAGCCGGUGGGAAUGGCUGACCUGGUUACCCCAGAACAGGUCAAGAAGGUCUACCGCAAAGCAGUCCUGGUUGUUCACCCAGAUAAGGCAACAGGACAACCAUAUGAACAAUACGCCAAGCUGAUUUUCAUGGAACUAAAUGAUGCCUGGUCGGAAUUUGAAAGCCAAGGACAAAAACCUCUCUAUUAAAAACCACGUCAACAACAACAACAACAAAAAAAAGGACGAGUGGGUGGAGAUGAUAGGAUGUCAGAUUUUACACGUGUGACCCCUCAAUCUGCCUUCAUAGCUGCACUUUGACUCACUCUUCCCUUCUCACCCAAAACAUUUACCGUCGAUGAUCACCAAACAGAGACUUGAACAAAAAAAUUCCAGAUGAAUCCACUGUGGUGCAACAGUUACCACCCUUCAGCCCUUUGACCCCCCCCCCCCCCAAACAAUGCAACAAUCAAAGUUAAGGAUGAUCAAAAGAGAGAGACCACCAGAUAAGAGACAAACACAUCAGGGAGCACUGCGAGUAAACAUUUCACAACUAAAGAGGCUCAGAAAUCAACUAACCCGUGAGCUCAACAAGCUCUUAUCCAAUAGAAACUGGAGUUUUCUUUUUUUCUGCCUUAACCCUCUCAUGCUUGAUAAAAGGACAAACAACUAAGUCCUUCAGGGGUGCUUCUGAGUUAAAAAAUGCUCCUGAAAUACGUACUGUAUGUGGAGUAACCAGGUAGGUAGGUUUUAACGUUGCAAAUCUGCAACGCCUGCCUCCAGAGGGUUAAAAUUGAUCCAUGAUCAGUUCUGUUGUAUCAAAUCUAGAUUUAAUUUGGACUGAAAUAUCACUGAAAACUAUUCCGGAUCACAGGCUGGGAUUAGUUCUGUUACAGGAGGAUGACUGAAAAAUAAAGGCAUCAUAGAGAUAAGAAAAACUAAAUUUACUGUCUGACUGAUUACGCGUAGAAACUGAAUGAUGAUGUUCUGGGUGAGUUGCUGACGUGUGUCAUUUACCAGAUACAGUUUGUUUGUUUGUUUGUUUUGGGACUGAGGAUUGUAUAUUUUAGGGAUGAGCACAUGCACAGUUCCUUACGUGAAGCAGCUCAAGGCCUCGUGCAUUACUCGUAAAGAAAGCACAAACAUUUGGUGCAGCUUUUCAAAAUAAGCUUCCUUUUUUUAGGUGAAGAAUUAAAUUAACGGUAAACGUGUUUACAUGAUUUGGCUUUGAUUUUCUACACAUAUUCAUCUUUCUUUACUUUUAACUUUCAACUUUAAUUAAAUCAUUUAGCUUUUUCUUUAGACCUUUCUGUACACUGAAAUGCUUUUCUUUAAAUUAAUACAUUUUUGCACCAGUUUAUAUCAACACUAAAGUACAGGGACUCUGAGCUGUAACUGAAAUAAUGUGAAUUUAUUCGUUGCUCAUUAUUUUUGCUCCAUAAAUGAUUGCUGGGGUCAUUAAUUUAUAUGUUAGCUUCCAUUUUUGGACGAUUAAUGCAAAACCUGAAAUGCAAUGCUCUAAACACACAAAACUCAUCAUUUUUUUGCUCGUCGUUAUCUUACAGUCAUUAGAUGCUCCCAGACGGAGCGGAAUAUUUUCCUUUGUGUGUUCACAAACUGAUUCACUUCUGUUCAUCGGAUGGUCUCCAUGCUAUCGAGCAGCUAUGCCUGACAAUGUGCUUGUUGAUGGGCUUUAUUUAAUUUUUUUCUUUAUUCUGACUGAAUUUUGACCUGAAGAAGAAAGUGUCGUGAAGGUUGAAUUCAUCCACGAUGGACCACUAAAGAGAAGGACAUUUGUAAAUCAGAUCCCUGGAAUAAUAGAAGGUCUUAGGCUGAAACUGCAAAACUUAAAGCUACUGUUUAGUUUUAGUUAUAAUUUUAUUUAAGAGAAGAUAACGUGUCUCUGAGGACCUCCGUGUGAAACAACCCCUGUGAGCUCCCUCUCUGACUGAACUGGAAUCCUACAGCUAUAAUGAAGCGCUAACCUCUAUAACGUAGUCAGUGGGUGUAUGUUGUUUGAAUUUGUUGUGUGUAUGAGUCGGAUCUGAGUCCUCUGUGUCAUGUGUUUGCCUGUCUGCUGUUCAAGUAUUAACUGAAUUGUGUAAAAAAGAAAGAUACAUGCUUCUUUUUAGUGACUGUUUACUGUUAAAGGAUGUACAUAAUGAGCAAGUGCAGUGCACAACAAUAAACAGUAAACAGAGGGAAAACAA